AUGGCCCUGGAUCGUAAUACGCCUGAAGGUGUAGAGGCCUGGCUUACAGCGUUGUCGGCGAAACCUUGGUCGUUUCCCACAACGCUUGGCCCUGAACUUUCGCAGGAAAUGUUGAAAACCAUUCGUGACCACUGGGACACCUACACACCUAAUAUUAAGCUAGGAGUUUUGUUUUCUAUACUAAACAUUAGGAAACUGUUGGCGAACACGAUGAAGAAUGAGUUAUUAGCGAUACUCGAAAAAGGCACUCGAGAAGAUGAAGACGAAUGGGUUGUUCUAAUAUCAAAAAUGUUGCGGGAAUAUCCAAGUACAUCAGCGCUUGAUUUGAACAUAGAACAACAUAUCCCGACUGCUGCUCAAAAUGGACUUCAAAAUUUAAUGAACAAGAUACGACUAAAUGGAAUCAAAUUUUAUCCGGUUGAAUAUGCAUUUAUCGAUCGCAAUAUUUGCGAUUCUUUUUCUACGCUCUCACUGAGCACUUAUGCUACGCCAUCACAUUUUGGUUUGCGAGACUCAACCGCAAAUACUGCAAAUCAAACACGUACAACAAUUCUAAACAAUAUGUCAGUACCUCCUUCUCCAAGCUUGACCUCUCCUGUAAACGCAACAGGAUUCAAUUUUCCACAAAUUGGUCAAUCACAAAAUCAAGCAUUGCAUGGUCCUCCAAGUCGCUCCAAUUCAACCUCUUCUGGAAUUUUUAUUCCCGGAAAACGUCGACCUUCACAAUUGACACAACCCUAUCCUAAAGGUAAAAAUCCCCCCAAACCAGGCCCAAUUAACACAACCAGAGCAGGAUCUUUACCUGGUGCAGGAUUAGCAUCUUCGAGUUCGGAAUCACCUGCCGAGCAAAAGGUCACUAUCACACAAGGUAAAAAAUAUCAAAAGCCAUCAAGAAUUCAAAUGCUUGAUAUAUCAACUGGAACAAAAAUUAUAAAAGACCAAGAGGAAUCAAAGCGAUUAACACAAUUAGAGGAACAACAAUCGAAGGAAGCUCGACGGCUUGAAAGAGAAAAAAAACAGGAAGAAAGACGACGUGAAGAAGAAGAGAAGAGGCAACAAAAAGAACAAGAAAAGGCCGAAAGGGCCGAAAGGCAACGGUUAAAGGAAGAAGCUAAAAGAAGAAAGAAUGAAAAGACCGAAAAGAAAACUACGAAAGUUGCCUCCGAAACUGAAAGUACAGAUGCACAGGGUAAUAAUUAUCCAGGAGCACGAAAAAAGAAAAGAUUAAAUAGUACUAAAAGUAACUUUUAUGAUGUACUUUCAAAAAUCGUUGAAGAAGAAACGAUUUCUGACGAAGAGAUGUCUCAUAAAAGUCCCCAGACCCAAACGAUUGUCGCAUCACCUACUUCUUUAUCACCUCCAAUGAAUCAAUUUUAUGAUCAUAAUAUUGGUGAUAAUGGUGAUAAUUCAACAACUAGCAACGGCUUUGUACCUGAAACUUCGACCAUAGCAGAACCAUUAGGGCAACCAGCAACAUCCGAUUUUACUUCUUCAG